CUGAAACACGCGCCUGUUUCUUGCUCAAUAAAUUGAGCCAAGUACCGUGGGUGCCGCCAGACAAGCGCGUCUGUGAUUUCUCUUCAUUCUAUCGUCGCAUGCUUAUCGACUCACAGGACGACGUGGUGGACGAGAGCUGCUCCUCCCAGUUCGACUCCGGUUCAUUGCCUCCAAUGAUGGCCUCCAUGCGUGCGGAGUUGCCGCGUCCAGAGGUGUUGGACAAGAGCAAAAGCAGCAGUACUAUCGACUUCCGAGGGUCCAGCGCGAGCACUAGUGGCGCCUGUUCGUGGCGUUCCCACAUCCAGCGGGACGAGUCUGAACCACCCAAACGCGCCGGUAGUGAAUGGAACUGCAGGAACUCGAAGACGCGGCAAUCCGCGUCCGCAAUGGUGUUGGCCCGGAAGCGCAAGCGCGACGAGCAGCGCAAGCUGCUGAACUCUAAGAAACAGUGCACAGACAGCGACUGUAGCGAGUACACUGCCGGUGACAGUGAACAAGACAGCCUGGAUAUGGAAGAGCAGCUCACCGCCUUUGUGGAAUAUAACUCGACGGACAUGGACAGCCUGGACAUUAAUCCGAGCCAAGACUUUGACGGCGAUGAAGAGCAAGAUAUAGCAACGCAAGCCUCUCAGUAUAUGCAGACGUGUAGCUGGCAAGACGUCACGGAUGUGAACCAAUUUCAGGAAGAAGCAUCGGAAGUUUUUGACAACAUUAUUUAUGCCUCCCGAGCUGCCUCGAUCUCUGAUGGUAGUAGUAAAUCUACUACACACUGUAGACCACAAGAACAAGGAAUCGCUUGUUCAUCUUUCCUACCGAUAGCUAUCCCGGAACAGAGGGCUGUAGUGGAGCCCCCUUCCGAUGAUAGUGAGGGUUCGUUGAGCGACGGAUUUGAUGUCGCUGUAAACCUCGUAAGUAAGACAAAGACAACGUCUCGACCCUCAAAUGUGGAAACGAGUAAUGGAGUAAGCCCGAAAGCAGCAGCAAAGCCGCAAUGGAAACAACGGCGCUCGGUUAAACGAGAUUGCUCGUUUAUAGACAACUCCAGCAGCUAUUCAGUGAAUGGACGGCUUUUGCUCAUGGCUUCACCUACGCCUGCCACUACAAGUGAGGCCAGCCAGACAUCUUCCGACAGCGUCAUCGAACUCAGGGAUGGCUGCUUUGACUCCAGCGAUGACAUUCAAGCGGUUCCCGCACGGAGUAAUGACGUGUCUACCAGUGUUCCGACAUCUAUGCCGGCCUCUGUUGACACGAUGACGGUCAUGUCUUCUUCGCUCCCUUCAGGAGCCUCAUAUUCAGGUGCGAUUCAACCGCGUCUCGUGAGGAAGCGAAGGAAAGUCGGACAGCUCACGCUGGACGGCUUUCUCCGGUCAAAGAUGCCCUGAGCUGUAUAGUAUUAGGACAUGUGGCAGCUUUUUGAAUAUUGCUUUCGUGUGGAUAGAGCCUCAACCACAGUGGGCACGUAGAUAAGAUAACAUAAUUUUUUGAAGUGAAUGCAAAACUGAAACUGGUCAUAAGAAAAAUGGCGGGAAAAGUUUGGCGC